CAUGCUGGUAUUGACGUCAGAUUUGUUGGUGCUGCUCAACUUCGUUACUUAAGUACGUGCUGCUGUUUGAAACAAAAAUUUAGCCUACAAACUUUGAUAUUUCUGACAAGUUUUUUCUUCAGAUUGUUAGAAUAUAUUUCUACUAUGGCGUUCAUGAUGCCUGUUAUGAAAAAUGACUAUAAUAUCUAUGCCAGUCGUUCUCGUACAAGCAGUAACAAUUCCGUAACUUCAGGACGUCGGCACACUCAAAGCGAAUCUGCUCCAGUAAGUCUCUCAUGUUCUCCUGGUUCCGAUGUUGAAGAACGUCUUGCUGCUAUAUCCCUCGGUUGCUCACCUAGAAGAGGAAGUCGCCUGUCAGACAUUCCUUCACCAAAAUCCGCCUCUCAGAACUCUUUGCACAAAUUCCAUAACAAAGUUGUGGAAAAAUUGCGAAGAAAACUUCGUUCUAAGGACUGUGACGAUUCUUCAAGUACGUCCAAGACGCCUGCUUCUGUAAAUGCCAAUUCAUCGUAACAAACUGUGCUUUAGGAUGUUUUUUUGGAAUUUUGUGCGUAAAUUUUAUGUACAGAUACCAGAACCCCAUCAGGUCUGACCGAAAAAUUCCUAUGUAUAUAACAAGAAUAUCAUUCUCAUCAUUCACUCAUCUGUACUGGCUUGGAAAGAGAGGAUUAAUCUAGUGUGACAAGUGCAUGAUUAAGUUAUUAGUCAUUUUUUUAGACUUGGAACAAUAUUUAUUAGUGACUGGAAUUAAACCUAUAUAACGAAUUCAUAAUCAGCUAUUUAUUUAAGUCUUAAAUUUUGCCUCUUAUUGCCUGAUUCAAAAAUAUAUUAUAAAACAUGAAAUAGAAUUUUAGCUGUUUCUUUAAUGGAUGAAAAGCUUAGAAUUUUACAUUAGAGUUUUUUUUAAUGUCGUUUUAAUAUGAAGGGAGAAAUUUUUUGGAUAAUGUACUAAGUCUUAUAUCAGAAAAACGAAAUAUCGCACAUAAUUAUGCUCAUUGAAUUAAUGGUCAUUAUUAAAGAAGUAUUUUUACAUUAUGAAAUCAUUGUGUAAUGUAGUGUGUAGUUCAAAUGGUGAGAAGUAACUUUUUGUAAAAUGUUUACUUUUCAAUAUUGUACUUGUAUUUCUGAGUACAGUGUAAAUAUGCCAUAAUUUCUAAUAUUCAAAAGAUAGUUUAAUUCUGUAGUAAAAUUCUCUUUUAAGAAAGAGUUUAAUUCUGUAGUAAAAUUCUGUUUUAAGAAAGGAGUAAAAUUAAUGGAUUACUAUCAGUAUAAAGUAUUUCUUUGGAUAAGUAGAAAUACUUAAUCCUUGAGAAUGCUAAUAAUUUUUAAGUACUUUUAAAUCUUUUGAAUUACCAGAUUACUUUGAAAAUAUUAAAAGUGCACAUAAAUUGCUAGUGAUCAUAUUGAAUAGCUUAUUAGCUUUGCAUAGUCUUUGUUAAUUUGCUGGAGAUACAUAUUCAAGUGUUGCAUAUGGUAUGGAAUUUCAGUGGUUAUGUAUAAUGAUUUUAUGUAGUUUUGAUCAUUAAAAAAUGACUGAUGUUCUAAUUUUUAAUUAUUUUAAAAUUUAUUAAUUUGAAAUUUCAGAAGUAUUGAUGUGAUGAAUAGCUUAUGAUUAUUAGUAAAUAGUAAACAAAAAGUAAAAGAAUUAAAAUUUUAUGUGGUACUUUUUAUUAAGAUGAAAACUUACAAAACUGCAUUUUGUAGAGUAGUUUUUCUGGAAACACUGUAGUGUAUCUUGUAGUAGAAUUUGGAUUAUCCAAGCUUAAGUUAACUAGUCAUUUUGAAAAAGAGUUUCUUUUAUGAAUUGAUAUUGAUUUUUAUAAAUGUACAUUAAUCACUGUAAAUUAAAUUCUCAUGGAUUCUCAUAGAUGUUAUUUUAAGAAAGAAUAAUUUUUGAUAUACCUAUUGCAGUGACAAUUGAGAAAUUGUAAAUGUCUUCAUGUAUAGAUGUGUUAGUGUGAUGCAAAAAAAUUGCACUAGUUACAAAAUAACAUGUUGACUUAUUGGUAAUUAUGAAGGUGAUAUCAUUAUCGAGAAGCACAAAAAAAUUUAUGAGAUUAUUGAAAUUCUUAUUUAAUGUUUGAAGUAUCUGAAUUAUUUAUUUCUAUAAAUGUCAUUGCUGCUUUUGCAAAAAUUUGCUGAGUGAUUACUUUGCAAAAAUAUGUGAAUAUGAUGCUAAUGUGACUAAAAUGAGCUUUGAUUAUUAAAUGUUAUAACCAUUAUAAUGGUCUGUUAAAUUUAAAAUGUUUACUGCAUGAAUAAUUAGUGUAUAACAUCAGUCACUAUUCAUUCUGCAUUCCAUAAAGAAUGAUUUCUAGAUGAAAAAUAAAGUUUAUUUGUGUAAA